AUGCCUGACAAAAAGCAGACGCUCUGCCAACUGAGCCAAGAAGGCACUGCUCUUUCGCUUAAGCAUUUGAUUUACAUGGUUCCACAAUUUAUUUUUGACGAAUCCACAUAUAAAGUGUACCUAUCCAUCAACAUCUUUAUGCAAAACGAUCCAUCCGUCACAAAAAACGCACCUCCCAUUGCCAAAAGUAGUGCAGUCCUUGUCCUUGCUCAAUCAGACAACAUCACACCAUCUGCAUUCUCAAUCCCAAUGGUCAAUUUGCAAAUUGGCAACAUGCAGGGAUUGCCUACUGAGCUUACCUCAUUCCUGACAACAUUGCAGGCCCAAAUCAUGCAUGUGCAAAACAGAACUGACCAGUUAGAGCGACUUGCAGCAGAGAAUGCAAGAUGA